AAAAAUUAAAACCAAAAAUUAAACAAAUUCAAAAAAAAAAUUGUGAAAAGUGACAAAGUGUCAACGCCGCUGGUGACACUCCGUCUGUGUUGCGCAAAAACGUCUGAAUUGUACCUACAUAAUUACACACGCAACAGCUUAACGCAGCUUGACGUAUGCCAGUGUUGCGGUUGGGGCAACUAUCUGUGCGCUUCCAGCUCGUCUCACCCUAACUAUCCGUCUGUCCGCCUGUCUGCUUGCCGUGUUCUUCGCACUUAAUUAAUGUCAAGUGGGCAUCACUUACAUUAUGCAAUUUAAGGCGACAACUCGUUUCGCGAACACAAACAGUAGCAGCAGCAGCAACAAAAUUUAACAACAACAACAACAACAACGCGAACACAGGCAACAUCAGCAACAGUACAGACAACAACAAACAGCAACUCGCAGUGUGACAAGUGUCGUGAUUUCGCGUUGAUCUAUUCGCAAGUGAAAGUGAAACAAAAACAAAAACAACAACAAUAACCAAAAGUAAAUAGUAAAUACCAGCAACAAUUCGCGCACAAAAUGCAAAAUUCACAAAAACAAAUGCGGAAAUGAAGUGUAUUUGUGCGACAACUCACAACAACAAUCACAUUCACAGCAAAGCAACAAAAUGAACAUUAAAAAUUGCAACAACAACAAUAACAGCAACUCAGAAUUCACUGCUAGUGAGACAAUAGUUGGCAACAUGGCAGCUGCCACAACCCUAGCAAUGACUGAUGACGCUGACAGUGGGUGUUGCAAGUUGCGCACAUGCAACAGCAUUAGCGAUAAUAUUCAACGUUGUGGUAAAAAUGUUGAUUACAUUGCUACAACUACAACUCCAACAGCAACAAUUACAACACCUAGUGCAGUGGCAAGUAGCAACCAACGAUCAACGACGCUAACACAUUGUUGCAUGAAAGACGACAACUCGCAACUGCGCCUUACCAAGCGAAACAUUACCAAUAACAAUAAAAAGUGUAAAUAUCAACAACACACAUGUGCAGUAGGGUGUGAAGAAGACAAUUUCAUGGCAAGUGAAAGUGCAACAAAAAUGCAAGAUUGCAAACAUUCCGUUGUGAUUAGAAAUUGUAGCGACAGGAGCACCAAUUUACAAGCAGCAGCGAAGCCAUCGAAAGCAACUGUUACGACAAAAACAGCAACAAUACGCUCAUCAUUUUCCAUUGACAGCUCGAAGGGAGUUCUCACUAUGAUGAUGUUGCUGUUUUGCUUCGCGUGGCAAGAUUAUGCCCAGGCUACUUUAAGCAAUGUCAAUUUAUUUAUCGAACCACCAGCAGUGCGACGUGGCCAAUCGGUUAUUUUACGUUGCCAGUAUGCAUUGGAAGGUGCACCGCUCUACUCAAUCAAAUACUAUCGAGGCAAUUAUGAAUUUUACCGUUAUACACCUGGAGAAUUUCCAAAUGUAAAACAUUUUCAAUAUCCGGGCAUUAAAGUUGAUGAAGUUAUCUCCAAUGCCACACAAGUUGUUAUACGCGACGUGAAAUUCAGUUUAUCCGGUAACUUUUCUUGCGAAGUCACUGCCGAUGCACCGCUCUUUUCCACCGCCACCGCUUAUGCGCAAGUACAAGUUGUUGAAUUUCCCGAGAAACGUCCACAACUUUUUACUGAACACGUGCGCUAUGAGCCGGGCGACAUAUUGCGCGCAAAUUGCAGUACCCCACCAUCACGACCACGCGCUGACCUACAUUUCACACUCAACAACAUACCGGUAUCAACGGGCGAAACGCAAUACAUCAGAACGGUUGACAAUUUAAUAGCGUCGAGACUGAGCCUGAAACUGCAAUUGCAUGCAGCACAUUUUGCUGCCGCCAUUAAUACCCAACACUUGAUGAAUCACCUGGGCGGCAGUCAGAGUGCCGUGGGUGUAUCCUAUAAUACACAUGGCGGCGGUGGCGGUCUUGGUGUGGUUGGCAAUGGAGGUUUGGUUUUGCGUUGCACAGCACAAAUUGGUGAUUUGUAUCAGGAAUAUAAGGAAAUCGAAUUGGGCACACCGCAAAAGGAUCCAGUGCCUGCCAGAGUGACAUUGUCAUCCGGCUCUAGUCUGAGUAAUUUCUUCGAAUACUUUUCCUCGGCCAGCUCCUCAGCCGCAUCGGCGAAUAUAUUAAAGACAACGUCGACGAGAAGGAGGACGAGCAGCUUCAUAGCGCAUACUCCAUUGAAAUUGACAAUAUUGGCAGCUGCUGUAUGGCGCACCCAGGCGCUACUCCUCGAUGUGGCAGUUGGUAUAGUUGAUGGUGUUUACAACGCAUUAAGGCUGAAGCAAGCCAUCAUGCGCAACAACAGCAAUGGUAGAUAGUUCAAUCGCUUGAAAUCGAACGCAUUAAUGUAGUGGGGAUGUGCAGAGUAGAGAAUGAGUAUAGUGAAUAUGGAGGCGGUGAAUGAGGCCGAGGUUGAGGUGGAGUGCGCGGCAGUUGCUGCAGAUCAGCGCGAAGAGCGGCAACAACUAGGCAGAAGUGUGAAUGGCGGUUUAUUGGUGGCUGUAAGAACUAAAAGCGCAAUCAAGCAGCUGAGCCAGAAGAAAUAUAUAUACAAAAGUCCAAAGAGAAGAAAAGAAAGCAUAAUUAUAGGCGAAGCAACAAAAGCUUUUAAUUGCGAAGGCGAAUGCGAGCUCAGCAGUGAAAGCAUGAAGUGAAAGAAAACAAUGAAAAUACGAUAUUUUUUAAGUCAGUUUAUUUAAGUAAUGAAAAAUACAUGCACACUACA